AUGCAAGUUUUGUUGAAUUCACUCAAUUUCUGCUUCAUUGAAGCACACACCUGCUGCAUAGGUCUACCUGGACCAAAAGGCCACGCCGGCCAUCCAUCUAGUGAUGGGGUGGACGGACUCCCAGGGCAGCCAGGGCGGGAUGGCCAUCCUGCCGAACUCGAUGCUCGACCAGUCUGUGUACGCGAAUGCCCAGUUGGAGAACCAGGAAGACGUGGCCCUCAGGGAGAGAAGGGUGAACGCGCCUGCUGCAUAGGUCUACCUGGACCAAAAGGCCACCCCGGACAUCCAUCCAGUGAUGGUAUGGACGGACUUCCAGGGCAGCCAGGGCGGGAUGGCCAUCCUGCCGAACUUGAUGCUCGACCAGUCUGUGUACGCGAAUGUCCAGUUGGAGAACCAGGAAGACGUGGCCCUCAGGGAGAGAAGGGUGAACGCGGUCGACGUGGUAGUACAGGACUU